AUGUACGCAACGCGAUUUUUAUGUUGCCUAAUGGCACUGGUGGCAUUUGCCGCAGCCACGCCCACCCCCAGCGAUGGGCGGAUUGUGGGUGGCGAGGUGACCAGCAUUCAAGAAUUUCCCUAUCAAGUAUCCGUCCAGUUGCACGGCCAGCACAUAUGCGGCGGAGCCAUCAUUGGCGGCGACACCGUGCUGACAGCGGCCCAUUGCUUCGAGGAUCCCUGGAGCAGUGCGGAUUACACGGUGCGAGUGGGAUCCAGCGAGCAUGCGAGUGGAGGGCAUGUGCUCAGCCUGCAGCGGGUCAUCGCCCACGGCGACUAUAAUGCCCAGAGCCACGACAACGACCUGGCGCUGCUCAUCUUGAAUGCCAGGCUCAAUUUCACGGAGCACCUGCAGCCAGUGCCACUGGCUGCAUUAGCGCACCCACCCACCGCGGACACCCGUCUCCUGGUCAGCGGCUGGGGCUUCCAGGCCGAGGAGAGUGCAGUCAGCGGCGAGGUUGGCGUCUCUCCGGAACUCCGUUUUGUGGCCGUGGAUCUGGUGGCGUCGAAUCAGUGCCGGCGUGCCUAUAGCCAGGUGUUGCCCAUCACCCGGCGCAUGAUCUGCGCCGCGCGUCCUGGUCGCGAUAGUUGCCAGGGCGACUCUGGCGGACCACUGGUGGGUUACUCGGCAAAGGAAGGUCCGGCCAGGCUGUACGGCAUCGUUUCCUGGGGUCUGGGCUGCGCAAAUCCCGACUUUCCUGGAGUUUACACCAAUGUGGCCGCCUUUCGCAGCUGGAUAGAUGAGCAGGUGGCCGCCAGGGGGUGGAAUGAACUGCUGGCGGGCUGGAGUGGGUUGCAAUGA